GACGUCAAAACAUUGCGCUGGGGCUUGCCGGCACCAGCGUGCUGCCUUAGAGAUGGCGUCUCGUAGCCGGAGACCUGAGCACAGUGGACCGCCAGAGCUGUUUUAUGACCAGAAUGAAGCCCGGAAAUACGUGCGCAACUCACGGAUGAUUGACAUCCAGACCAAGAUGACUGAGCGAGCAUUGGAGCUCCUCUGUUUGCCGGAGGGUCAGCCCUCUUAUCUGUUGGACAUCGGCUGCGGCUCUGGACUGAGUGGAGACUACAUCUCUGAAGAGGGGCACUAUUGGGUGGGCAUUGACAUCAGCACGGCCAUGUUGGAUGCUGCCUUGGACCGAGACACAGAGGGAGAUCUGCUGCUAGGGGACAUGGGCCAGGGAGUCCCUUUCAGACCAGGUUCUUUCGAUGGCUGCAUCAGCAUCUCAGCUGUUCAGUGGCUCUGCAACGCGAACAAGAAGUCGGACAUCCCUGCCAGGCGUCUCUACCGCUUCUUUUCUUCCCUGUACUCUGUCCUCGUCCGCGGGGCCCGAGCCGUCCUGCAGCUGUACCCUGAGAACUCGGAGCAGCUGGAGCUGAUCACAACGCAGGCCACAAGAGCAGGCUUCACCGGUGGCGUGGUGGUGGACUUCCCCAACAGUGCAAAAGCAAAGAAGUUCUACCUCUGUCUCUUUUCUGGGCCUUCCACCUCCCUGCCAAAGGGGCUGACUGAAGGUCAGGAUGCAGACCGGGCCACCGAGUCCGUUUUCACCAGUGAAAGGGUGCCACACAAGAAGGCACGGCGGGACCUGGUGAAGAAGAGUCGGGAGUGGGUCCUAGAGAAGAAGCAGAGGCGCAGACGCCAGGGCAAGGAGGUCAGACCCGACACCCAGUACACUGGCCGAAAGCGCAAGCCCCGCUUCUGAAGGUGCUGUAUCUAAUCAAAUGGAGAGUCUGGCCACCCACACCUGCGUCCAGUCCUGCAGAUGGGGCCCUGGCCACCCACACCUGCAUCCAGUCCUGCAGAUGGGGCCCUGGCCACCCACACCUGCGUCCAGCCCUGCAGAUGGGGCCCUGGCCACCCACACCUGCGUCCAGCCCUGCAGAUGGGGCCUGGCCACCCACACCUGCCUCCAGUCCUGCAGAUGGGGCCCUGGCCACCCACUCCCUUCAGUGGUUAGGAGCUGUCCAACCCAGGACCUGCCUCUGAGGAAUUUUCUAGCUUGAACUGUUUACCUCAGCAGCUAGCAAUAUAGUAUUUUAGAAAAGUUGUGAAUUUCUCAAAAUAUUUUUUUCACUAAAAGAGUUCCAAGGAUUUGGGUUUGGCAGCCCAGAUCCUGAAAUCCCAACACCCUCCUGGGAGCCUGAGGCAGCAAGAUGGAAAGUUACAGGCCAGUCUGGGCUGCA